CCAAAAAUGGAAAAUUGUAAUUCACGAGAAAAUAUUGAAAGGUUACAAUUGCAGGAGCAAAAAUUGACUGAAGAAUUGAAAAAUUUACAAAAAAAUUUAACAAUGCUCCGAGAUGAGCAAGUGUCAUUGGCAAGUAGUAAUUGGAAAAUGGAAAUGAGUCUCCAAUAUUUACAAAAAGAAAACACAUAUUUAGAAGAAGAAGUACAGAAGAAAAAUGAAUCUCUUGUUGAAAUUGAAAAUCAUUAUCAAAAAUACAAAUCUGAAAAUAACAAAGAGCUUCGUGAUUUUAGUGAAUUUUUUGAUAAUGAAACAAAUCAUUACUGUAAUUUGUUAUCAAAUGCAAAAGAAGAAUAUGAUCCAGAAAAUUUAAGAGCUGAUAUUGAAAAUUAUAAAAGACAAACUGCAUUAUUGAAGCGUGAUUUAGAAAGAAUAGAAGCUGAUAUGAAUGAAUUAACAAAAAAAUUUGGAUUGACUGAACUGGGAACUAAUGAGAAAGUUAAAGUUGUUGAUAAAAUUAAAUCAAUAAUAAAAUCUAUAGAAAAUGAUGAAUCAGCUGUUCAAUCUACUAUUAAAUUGUACAAGAAUAAAAUUCGUGAUCUGUCGAAGAAAAUCGAACAUAAAGAACAGCUUUUGUCAGCAGUUACUAAAAAAAAUUUUUAA